AUGGCUAAGUCACAAGAUGAAGCAUUGAAGAAGGAUCUGUCUGAGCUAGGAAGUGUGGUCAAGGUACUAGAACACAGGCAAGAAGGUACGGAAAGGACCCUCAAAAAUCUGGACCAAAAGUAUGAGAGCAUGAUGUCUAUGAUGGCUCAGAUGAUGGCCAAGUUGAAUGGCAAGGAUAAGGAUACAGAAAGUAGCAGUUCGAUAGUAGGCCCCAGGAAAGGAGAAACACAAGGGGAAGGUCAGGGCAGAUCAGAUUGGAAGGAGAGCAGAUCUUACACCAGGGUGCCUAAGAUGGAGCUGCCUAACUUUACAGGAGAUAAUCCAAGGGAGUGGAUCCGCAAAGCUAACAAGUAUUUUAAGAUCAAUGGAGUGGAAGAAAACAUGAAGUCUGAGAUUGCUGAGCUGUACCUAAGAGACAGGGCUGAUACCUGGUUCCAUGGAGUAUUCAGUGGCAGGGGAGUCAUUCCAUGGGCUGAAUUUGCCACUGCAUUAUGUGCGAGAUUUGGUGAAGGCACGCCAGAGGAGGCCAUUGAAGAAUUCAACAAACUCAAUCAGGAGGGAUCUGUUGCUGACUACCUGGAAAAGUUUGAGCUGCUCAAAGCACUGGUAAUGCCUUCACUCCCUCAUUUGGCUGACUCUUACUAUAAAACAUGUUUUCUAAGUGGCUUGAAGGAAGAAAUAGUUAACAUGGUAAAAAUGGCCAAGCCCCUAACUCUGGCUGAUGCAAUAGAAGCAGCUAAGUUACAAGAAAAAAAUUUAAAAGCCAUGCAGAAAAUACAUAAAGGCCUACCCAGCACUAUUCAUACACACAAAGCCCCAUUCCACACCCCAAGCCAUAACCAGGGGAGCUCUGCUGCUCCCAGAACCUCAGACAAACACCCCAUCAAAAACCAUAAAUAUCCAAACAGCAACCAGAACCAAUUCAGGAGGAUCACCCCUAGUGAGUACAACCUCAGAAGAGAGAAGGGACUAUGCUAUAAGUGUGCUGAACCCUACACACUUGGCCAUGUGUGUAAGCAAUCCCACAUUCACUUUUUGCUAGUCACUGAUGAAAAGGGGGACUCUGCAUCCACUGAGGAGGAAAAGGAGACUGACCCUGAAGUAUUCUGUGACUGCAUUGAGGGUCGACUGGAGGAUGAACACAUAGAGGUUUCUGUGCAUGCAUUGGCUGGGGGUGGGGAGCAUAGAACAAUUAAACUGAGGGGGACCAUAAAAGGGAGAACUGUCACUGCAUUGAUUGACAGUGGAAGUACUCACUGUUUUUUGGAUGAACAACUGGCCAAAAGCCUAGGCCUAAUCAGCAGUGGACCCUCCCUAAUGGUCAGGGUAGCUAAUGGAGAGAAGAUUCAGUCCAGGGGCCUAGUUAAGCCAGUGGUCUGGAAAAUGCAGGGAUAUGAGUUUCAACACCAGUUCAAUACCUUGAAGUUGGGGGGUUGUGAUAUGGUAUUAGGGGUAGACUGGCUGGCCAGGUUCAGUCCCAUGGAAUUUGACUUCCAAGGGCUGAGGGUGAGGUUCAAAAAAGGGAAACAACAAGUGGAGUUGAAGGGGGAGAUUCACCAGGUGCAAUUAAAGCUGAUAAAAGGUAGUAGACUGCACAAGUGGGCUAGGAAACAAACCUAUGGGAUCCUGGCUCAGUUAAAAGCAGUAACUGAGGAGGUACCAGAAACUGAAGCCAUACCCCCAGAAAUGGGGAGGGUACUGCAGGAGUUUGAGGAUGUGUUCAGGGAACCUCAGGGACUACCCCCUGAAAGGAGUCAUGACCAUUCUAUCACCUUGAAAGAGGGAUCCAAAUUGAGAAACUAG